AUGGUAAAAUAUCGUCCAUCGGGAGUGCCCUAUACGGCCGGGUUACGAGCUGAAGACAUUAUGGACCCGGAGGCUACUAAAGUUAAUGGUAGUAUUCCCGGUCACAGUUUGAGCCCUAGACCCUCUCCUAUAACUUCCACAUGCCAUCCAGAAGAUGAAGAGACCCGAGAGGUCGUUGAAGAGGACAGCGCCAGUGAGCCUACGAGAACAUUAAUACCUGGAGUCAAUGGCCCAUUGUUCAUGCGGACCGCAGCGAGCUCCGUGGCCCAGAUCCAUCCUCAUCUUUUGACAUCAUCCGUAGCGACUGCGUCAUCGCGCCGCGUCCGGGGAUUUUUCAUCCUCGAUGACGCCCAUCCUUGCCGAAGGCGAGUUAAGAGCUACCGAACUGAACUUUUACUGGCCACAAAUCUCCUGGAAGCAGUAAAGACUCCUGCCAACUCCCGCCACUUUCCAAUUUCCCGCUCAGGCCUUAAAGAGCCCCGCGCCAACAUUUCGGCUCCUCCUAGGAAACGUGAUAAAAUUAAUUUACAGCUUAUAACCAGGUCCCAACAAGCGUCCGAGAAUUACAGUUCGCCUCUCUCUCCUCGCUCGAUGGACUUGUACUCUUUGAUUGAAUGUAUCGCCGUUUUCCAAAACAGUUAUCCUAUUGAAGACAAGCUCUCGCCUGGAGCAGGUAGUGCCCAUAAUAUCUGGAACCUGGAGGACCUGGCUGGAGAUGAUUGA